AUGGGCAAACCCGCACGCAAAGGUGGCAAUGGAAUCGCCAAAUCCGAUCCGUACGCCGGAGCGGCGGCACGAAAGGGCAAAAUGUCCAACAACAUCUUCAAAAUGAACACAGACAUCGGCCAGCAUAUCCUCAAGAACCCCGGAGUCGCGCAAGCCAUCGUGGACAAGGCCGAUCUCAAACAAUCCGACAUUGUGCUGGAAGUCGGUCCCGGUACUGGCAACCUCACCACUCGCAUCCUGGAGAAGGCGAAAAAGGUCAUCGCCGUCGAGCAGGACCCUCGCAUGGCCGCCGAACUCACCAAACGCUUCCAAGGCACGCCUGCUGCCAAACGACUGGAGCUGAAUCUGGGGGAUGUGAUCAAGAUGCCCCAACUACCCUACUUCGACGUCUGCAUCUCCAAUACGCCAUACCAGAUCUCCUCGCCACUGACGUUCAAACUCCUCGCCACCUCGCCCUCACCACGGACCUGCGUGCUCAUGUUCCAGCGGGAGUUUGCAAUGCGUCUGUUUGCAAAGCCUGGCGACAAGCUCUACUCCCGCCUCAGUGUCAACGCGCAGAUGUGGGCGAAGGUGGACCACGUCAUGAAAGUGGGCAGGAACAACUUCAACCCGCCUCCGCAGGUAGAGUCGAAUGUGGUGCGUCUGACGCCCAAGACUCCGCGGCCGCAGAUCAGUUACGAUGAGUGGGAUGGGUUGCUACGGAUCGCUUUUGUGAGGAAGAACAGGGUGUUGAGGGCAGCUUUCAUUGGCACGAAUAGUGUGAUGGACAUGCUGGAGUCGAACUACCGGACGUUUUGUGCGCAGAAUGAUGUUCAGCUUGAUGAUGGGCCUGUUGAUGCGGCUGCGGCGGAGAGCAUGGAAGUGGAUGAGGAGAUGGCGGGUGAAGAUGAGUGGGAAGGGAUCAUGGAUGUGGAUGACGAGGACGAUCUGCCCGACUUCUUCAAGGAGGAAGAGGCGCGGAAGGCGGCGAAACGACAGGGCAACCCGAACAGGAAAAGAAAGGGAAAGGUUGCGGAGCUUGUGCGAUCGAAGGUGCUGAAGGUGUUGGAGGAGACUGAGCUGAUUGAAAAGCGAGCGAGGAUGUGUGAUGAGGGUGAUUUCCUGAAGCUACUCUAUGCUUUCAAUACGGAGGGCUUGCAUUUCGCUUGA